AUGUUCGUGCCCAGCGGAAACCGGAAAAUAUCUUCACCGAAAGCUGAUAUUCGUCGUGGGCUCGGGUUGGACGUGCUGGAAGCUCGUGCCGUGUCCCAGGGCAUGAUGGGCCAGAAGGACGCCCUGCGGGCUGCCGGCCUGGUGGUGCAGAUUGUGCAUGAAGGGAAGAUAGCCGGGCGGUGUAUUCUGUUGACCGGAGAGCCUAAAUCGGGAAAAACGGCCAUUAUUGUGAGGAUACCACAGGCGCUUGGCAACGAAACACCCUUCACGAGGAUAUCCGGUUCUGAGAUAGUGGAAAUUCAGAUCGAUCGUCCGGCUUCCGACACGGGGCAGAAGGUGACAAUUAAGAUCACGUAUAUAGAGACAAACUAUAAUCUCGGAAACAAGAUCAUCGUACAGUACUUUAUUAAGGAGCAGAUUUAAGCUGGGGGUGUCAUUACGAUUGAUAAGGCUUCCGGGAAAGUCAGGAAACGGACGUGAAGGAGUUACGAUGCCACAGGAGCUCAAACAAGAUUCGUCCAGCGUCCGGAGGGAGAGCUGCAGGAACACAAGGAAGUGGUUCACACGGUCACGCUUCACGAAAUCGAUGUAAUCAAUAGCAGGACACGGGUUCUUGUUUGCAGGUUACACCGGUGUGACGCCGGAGCUUUACGGUUUUCGGAUGUAGAAAACAUACACUGUAGAACUGUGACAACCGGUGAGAUCAAACAGGAAGUCCUCGAUCAGAUCAUGGAAUGGUGCAAAGCGGGUGAAGCGGAAAUCAAUCCCGGAGUGUUGUUCAUCGCCGAGGCCCAUAUGUUGGAUAUCGAAUGCUUUUCCUUCCUGAACAGCGCUUUGGCAAGCGAUAUGGCCCCGGUCGUAAUCAUGGCCAUCAAUCGAGGCAUUAUCAAAACCCGUGGAACCAACUGUCGCAGCCCGCUCGGAAUCCUAAUCGAUCGAAUGAGCAUCAUUUGAACGGUUCCCUACUCAGCGAAGGAAAUCAAAAAAGUUCCAAACUACCUCUUUUCGCUUAACAGUCCCAUGUGAUAGGAAACCCAACAAAUAUAGGACUGUUAUGCGAAUAGGGGCAGUAAGUGUUUGGUUAUUGGAAGAAUUACAUACCAGUUUGUGCAACGCUAUUCAAUCGGCUUGGUCAGCAAGAGACGCAAGGCGGCCACAGAAAAGGAUAUUCGGAAGGUGUAUUCCCUGUUUCUGGACGAAAAGCGUUCCAGCAAGAUCAUGAAAAAGAACCAGCACGAGUGCUAUUCUACGACGACGACGACGACGACAGCUUGUUACAGGUGGAACAACAGGCAAUGGAAGUAGAGACCUACUGACUAAUCAACCGUUGUAUAAGCCAUUCCUGACAACCAUGGACAUUCACCACUCACUCCGGCAUCAAAUAAACUGCCAGUUCAACGAUAUUUCUUGUAGAACUAAUCGGUCGUCAAACUGAAAUCUCGCUAUCGUUACAUCCAGAGUUCCUACCUACGCUAUAAUUUCUAAUGUUGUUACUAUAAUCAUACGUGUGUUAAUGUUUUAGAAUAUUCAAUAAAUAAAAUGGGGCGUUGGGGUCUUCAGGCGAUUUUGCUGUAACAUAUCCGACAAAAGCCAAACAAAAUAACGACUUGAGCUAAGUCUUAAAACAGAGGUUUGAUCUAAUAGGUUUACACACGUUCUCCCGAAUUGUAUGGUCAUGCAAGAAAUUUACUAUUAAAACAGUUCACUUCUGGAGCUGAUCCAGAUGUAUCAGCAGAUUUUAACGAUCUAAUUAGAAUAUCUAAAUUCGUUUCAGAGGUUUAGACAGAUUUGCUGGUUCACUAAGUCCUCCCAAAUUGCAUAGUGAUGCAAAAAUUAUCAGUCUUUGAUACUGAUCACCUUUACCAAGAAUAUCCAAAUUCGUUUCAGUGGUUUAGACAGAUUUGCUGGUUCACUAAGUCCCCCCAAAUUGCAAAGUGAUGCAAACAUUAGCAGUCUUAGAUACUGACCACCUUUACCAAGAAUAUCUAAAUUCGUUGCACAGGUUUAGACAGAUUUGCUGGUUCACUAAGUCCUCCCAAAUUGCAUAGUGAUGCAAAAAUUAUCAGUCUUUGAUACUGACCACCUUUACCAAGAAUAUCCAAAUUCGUUUCAGUGGUUUAGACAGAUUUGCUGGUUCACUAAGUCCCCCCAAAUUGCAUAGUGAUGCAAAAAUUAUCAGUCUUUGAUACUGACCACCUUUAUUAAGAAUAUCCAAAUUCGUUUCAGUGGUUUAGACAGAUUUGUUGGUUCACUAAGUCCCCCCAAAUUGCAAAGUGAUGCAAACAUUACCAGUCUUAGAUACUGACCACCUUUACCAAGAAUAUCUAAAUUCGUUGCACAGGUUUAGACAGAUUUGCUGGUUCACUAAGUCCUCCCAAAUUGCAUAGUGAUGCAAAAAUUAUCAGUCUUUGAUACUGACCACCUUUACCAAGAAUAUCCAAAUUCGUUUCAGAGGUUUAGACAGAUUUGCUGGUUCACUAAGUCCUCCCAAAUUGCAUAGUGAUGCAAACAUUACCGUUACCAGUCUUUGAUACUGACCACUUUUACCAAGAAUAUCUAAAUUCGUUGCAGUGGUUUAGACAGAUUUGCUGGUUCACUAAGUCCCCCCAAAUUGCAUAGUGAUGCAAAAAUUAUCAGUCUUUGAUACUGACCACCUUUACCAAGAAUAUCCAAAUUCG